UAUUGAGGAAACACGUUGUUGCUCAGUCCAGAUACCGCAAGCAGGCUGUCAUUUCUCACUACCUUACAUGCAUCCGACUAGACCAUUCGGAGACGGCUAUGCCCCGCAUUAUGAGCCUCUGCACACGCACAAUAGGGCGAGCGCUACAAACGAGGCAACAUAAGCACUAUCCAACGACCGUCGGAAUCACGAUGCGUAACAUACCAUCACGUGUGGUUAACAUUAAGCCAGUGAGCCUCCCAGACUUGGUGCCGAGAAGAGGAGACGGCCAGGAGGAUGGAACAUGAGAAAGGCUGAGGUCAUGCCUCGUGACCACCAUCGUGAGAAAGCCUCAUUUGUGAUACGUGGAAUGCGGCUGUAUCCCCGAAUAGGGUAAUCUGUCGUACUUGAGUCCUUUUACCCCAGGGAUGUAGUGGGCGCGCCACCCGGAUGCAUGGAAGACAUGACGGACCUUGUCUCACCACACCGCACAUGUUCAUGAUCGGUCUGAAGCGGCACAGCCUCGGGGGAAAACGCCACACAGCCUUGGCGAUGAUCACCGAGUGACUCUCAACGCCACUGACCGUUCCGUGGCUGAAGACAAGUCUGUAUCUCAC